AUUGUAGCGGUGGACGGGCGCAAAACAAACGGAAUUAAAAAACCUCGAGAGACGGUCUGCCGCGAACGACAGAGCGAGAGCGGCAACUUUGCACUCUUCAUUUGUGCACCAAUCGAGAAAAAAUUCAAUAAAGCUCGCUUCCUUUUGUCUAAUUGCCUAUGUAAACCUACGUAUAACUGCGAUUGUUCGAUCCCGCGAUACUCCACGGAGAAAAUGGGGCUUCUCUUGGUUGUUUCGUCUUGUGGGAAUGAAGUUUUGAGUAAAUAUUGUAUUAGUUCUUGUUUAAAAGUUUGUAGUAGUGACGGUUGCGUUUGAAUUCGAUUGCUAGCGUGAUGAUAGAUGAGGGGUAGAGGUAGUUGUGUAACGUAGUGGUGUUUUUAGGAAAUGCCGGGGCACGGCGUGUCUCAAGUGAAGUGUGAGCCGCAGUCGGACGAGGAAGACAGCAAUUCGCAGUACUCACUCGGCUACUUGACCAAUCAGCUACCUUUAAGGCAUUGUCCAAUUAAAAUAGAAAAUGGUGUCCACCACGAAAAUAAUAAUUCAGGCCACAUUUUACAAGACUUGCAGACGGGGCUGGAGGAACUGGCACCGCCAGCGCCGGCGGGCCCCGCCGCCACGCCGGUUUGCGUCAAGCAGGAGCCGCCGGACGCGCCGCCCGCGCUCACUCUCGAAAACCUGGAGCCUGCGCUCACCGCCAGCGCCACGGGCUCAACGUUGCUGGACAGACACAUGGCGCUGCUCAGCCACUCCGAGCUGGCAGAUUCCUCGGACUUCAUGCCGCUGAUGGCCGUCAAGGACGAGCCCUUGUCUGAAGGAGAGCAGCAGCUGUUCCCUGGCGAAGACUCGAGCGACUCUUGCGGCGCGCCCGAACCGGCGCCCCGAGCCAGUCCAAAGGGCUGGACGCAGCGCGACAUGGACAGCGCCCUAGACGCUCUUAGGAACCGCAACAUGAGCCUUACCAAGGCGUCAGCAACAUACGGCAUCCCGUCCACAACGCUAUGGCAGCGCGCGCACCGUCUGGGAAUCGACACGCCGAAGAAGGAAGGUGCGUCCAAGUCCUGGAGCGAAGCGGAUCUUCGUGGAGCCCUACACGCCUUGAGAGCCGGCGCCAUCUCGGCGAAUAAAGCUAGUAAAGCAUACGGCAUCCCCAGCAGCACGCUAUACAAGAUAGCGCGGCGCGAGGGCAUCCGGCUGGCGGCGCCGUUCAACGCCGCGCCCACGGCCUGGCGCCGCGCCGACCUCGAGCGGGCCCUGGCUUCCAUCCGAUGCGGCGCCGCUAGCGUGCAGCGCGCUGCUUCGCAGUAUGGCAUCCCUACCGGCACCUUAUACGGGCGGUGUAAGCGCGAGGGCAUCGAGCUGUCGCGGUCGAACCCCACGCCUUGGUCCGAAGACGCUAUGGGGGAAGCACUGGAAGCUGUCAGGGUGGGCCAGAUGUCCAUCAACCAGGCCGCUAUCCACUACAACCUGCCCUACUCGUCGCUCUACGGCCGCUUCAAGAGGAUACACGCGAGCAGCAAGUUCCCCAUACAAAACCUCCAACCACAGCAGCAGGAUUUGCACAAGAACGUGGAGAUGGAUCACCAGGCUCCUCCUCCAGAAAUGUAUUUCCAGCAGCCUUUGCAAAACCACACACAAACGGACGACAACAGUGUCUUACAGAACCAGUACUACCAGAACAACACCAUGAAUGACGUUCCCAUGCACAAUAAUAUCCACGAACAGUAUUACACGGGGCAGGCGAUGUACUACAACCAAAGUUGUAACGGUAUAGCGACCAGUUGA